AUGUAUAUAAGUGCCAGUGUGCCAGUGUCAUCUCAUCUUUUGCUCAGGACUCAAGCUGUUUUCAGGAGCUCUAGACUGCAGACACCUUCAGCCACCAGAAUGUUGUCCUUCCUGUUCUUCACUGUGCUCUGCACCAGCUGUCUGGCUGCCCCCAUGAUGCACUACUCCUACUCUCCUUCUGUUGGAGGUGGUAGUGGCACUUCCUUCUCCACAGAAGGAGACGGAAGGAUCACAGCGAUCAGAGUCUGGGAGAUCAGCAACGCUUACAUCACUGGUAUUCAGAUGCGCUAUGGUGGCAUUUGGUCUGAAAUAUUUGGUCGCGCAGUAGGCAUCGCACAAGAGCUGAACCUAUUUGAUGGAGAGUCCAUUAUUCAGGUCUCUGGAAAAUACCACACCAACUAUGUCUAUCAGAUAAAGUUCUUGACCUCCACAGGUCGCUCUCUGGUCGCCGGCCAGCCAACAUAUACCUCAUUUAACUUCUACUCGACCCACCCGGAUGCAGAGCUCAAACUGCUGAGUGGCCGCUUCAAUAGUGCAGGGAUUACUUCAGUGGGAGCACACUGGGAAGUCUACAUGGAUCAAAGCAACAGUACCUAUGCCUAAGGAACAAUAAUGAAUAAUUCAAUACUGAUUAAUGAUCAGGGUAAUAUUAUGGGUAAUAUUAUACCAGAAUGGUUUAUGAACAAAACAAAAACAACAGAAGUACUGGUGACUGUUAAAGAUGACCUCAAUUUGUGACUCUGUCUGAUUCAGUUAAACAAACAGGAUCUACUUAACGUGUACAUUAUAGAUGAUACUUUUUAUGUAUCGGAUGAAGGGGCUCUAAUGAGAAUUAUUUUGCACAUCUGCAGCAUUGAAGGAAACAAAGCAGAGAUUAAUUGCACUGAAUACCAAAUGUAUGUUUAGAAAUGCUAAAUGUAAUGAUGACAAUAUAUUGUACAAAUGACUUAGAUUUUUAUUUCAGUGUGUUUUAAAUGGUUAGAGAAAUCUUUAAAUCAUUUAGAAAAGGCAGAAUUGAGUCUUCUUUCACACAAAGUAUACAUUCAAUGUCUUAUUCCUUUUUUUGUGUCCUAUUUCUAAUUUUUUUUACCAACACCAGGAACAAAAUUGUCAAAGAUUUACAUGAAAUAAAAAUGAACUGG